CGUGAUCAGCUGUGCCCCGCACGCCCAUGCUUGAUUCCAGUCAACAUGAUGUGAUGAUAUGAUCUUUGGCGACAAGGUGAUGGACUUGGAAUUAAACUAUCAAACUGCCUGGUAUCAUUCACAAUAAGGCCAGUGAGCGGAACCAGCCAGAAGCGAGCUGUGAAAAGAGAUAGUUAUGGAUUCUCUGCAUGUCGUGGUUGUGGCCUCGCCCUUUGCGAACCUGGCCUCACUUUACGAGGUUGACCCGGAUGCUGAUGCACUGCUUAUUGUGCCUCCAAGCAAGAAGACCUUGGACGAGUCGAAUGGCCUGACUAUCAACAACUUGGACGGCAAAAGGCCCAAUCCAACCGCAGCCUCAGUUUCCUCCGGACCCUCCAUCCCGGGUCUCCACAUCAAGGUCUCUACGAAGCACUUGACCCUCGCCUCACGGGUUUUUAAAACCAAGCUUCAGUUUGGCAGCUCCGGAGCGGUCCGGCAGUCCGAUGGGCGCGUCCAUCUGAGACUAGCCGAGGGCUUUGAUGCCAAGGCAGUCAGCAUUGUCAUGAACGUGAUCCACGGACGGAGCUCCAAGGUGCCCAGGUCGGUCGAUCUGGCGACUCUCGCGAACAUUGCGCUGUUUGUCGACAAGUUCCAGUUACUGGACGCUGUGGGGAUAUACGCAGAGCGGUGGAUCUCGAAUCUAGAGGCUGCAUAUGGCCUCCCUAACGCAUACAACCGGGAUCUGGUCCUCUGGAUCUACGUCAGCUACGUCUUCCGUCAUGCGGAAAUCUUCAAGUCCGUCACCAGAAUAGCCGCGUUGCACAGUCAAGAGGAAAUACGCGACUUGAAGCUUCCCAUCAAGCACAAGAUCAUUAAACACAUCGACACCCAACGGCAAGACCUCCUCACUCGCACACUCGACAUCGUCCACCAAACCCUCGACGACCUCGCUUCUUCUUCUUCUUCUGAUAGCAACAGCAGCGUCGUCCCAUGCGCCAAACACCACUGUGACUCGCUCCUCCUAGGCGAACUAAUCAAAUCGCUGCACCGACAUCGUCUAGUCUGGCCUCGCCCGACCAAACCCUUCCCCAACAUCAAUUUCACGUCCGUCAUCGAAGCAGUCAGGGACGGUGUCGGCCUGCAUCGACAGCGUUGGCAGCAGCCUGACAUGGAUCAUCAUGGCCCGCUGGGACUUGGGCAGCCGUGGGGAGGCCCUGCUGCUGCAAAAGGGGUCAAUGGUGUACAUAAAGGUACGACCGCAGGUGUGGAAUCGGUGAGUCCGGCUUGGGCAAAGGUGGGCGGCAUGGCGCUUGUCACUCCGGAGGCUUCGCCUGAACCGGUGUUGAGGACGGGUGGGUUCGAGUGGCAUGACUGUGGCGCUAGUAAGGCGGUUGCACGCUUGGAGGGGCUGGAAAGGUUGGCUGAUGGUGUGCCGGGUCUUGUGCUGGAGAGUUCGCUUGGGUAUCAGCUGUACUGAGAUGAGAGGGAUGUCACCGGUGGGUAAUUGGUUGGCAACCUGGGACAGGAAGGGUGUACGGUGGUAUGAGGUCAGGGUAGGAGUAAGGGGCGGCAGCAGAGCGUCACGGUAUGUUCGCUGGAUGGGUGGCCCCCCUGAGUUAUUUAUACCAUGUUGUUUUGUAGGGAAGUAUGCUACGGAAGUCCUCCACUGCAGGCUAAGGGGUCAGGUAAUAGGUAAACUUUGGAGCAAUCGCACUGGACUCUAGCUUGACAAAGCACAAGGGCCGAUCUAUUCUUAUGGUUGGCACUAGGUAAUGGCAGAUCUAUAUAGAUAGAUACUGGUAGGUCAAGACACCCUCUCCCACCAGACAAUACAAGCCCCUUUCUC